AUGUCCAACAAGGUCCAUGUUCUCAUGGACUUUCGUCAGGGGCCGGAUAACGUAGAGGGGUCGCAAGCAAUCGAUGCUGCCGAGGCUGUUGAGAGCAACUUGAGAUCUCUCAGGCGCUUGACGGGUCCCGAUAGGUACCGCUGA